UGGGAUGUGGGAUGGCUCCGUACCCCACCGGACAGAACGCCGCGCCCACCACGCUGGUGUACCCCCAGGCCCCUCAGGCGAUGAGCACCCAGCCUCAGACCCGCUCUCCGUUUUUCCAGAGGCCUCAAAUCCAGCCCCCUCGAGCUACGAUCCAGAACAGCAGCCCCUCCAUCCGCCCAGGCGCACAAACCCCCACGGCGGUCUAUCAGACCAAUCAGCACAUCAUGAUGGUCAACCACCUCCCCAUGCCCUACCCAAUGCCUCAGGGGCCCCAGUACUGUAUUCCACAGUAUCGGCACAGCGGUCCUCCUUACGUGGGGCCUCCGCAACAGUAUCCCGUUCAGCCCCCGGGGCCCAGCCCCUUUUAUCCAGGACCGGGGCCUGGAGAAUUCCCCAAUGCCUACGGAGCCCCUUUCUAUCCGAGUCAGCCGGUGUAUCAGUCGACACCCAUCAUAGUGCCUACCCCCCAACAGCAGCCGCUCCCACCCACCAAGCGGGAGAAGAAGACGAUCCGCAUCCGGGAUCCGAAUCAAGGGGGCAAAGACAUAACGGAAGAAAUUAUGUCUGGCGGAGGGAGCAGGAACCCCACGCCUCCUGCGGUCCGGCCCACCUCGACCCCCACCCCGCCUCCUCAGCUGCCCAGCCAGGUCCCUGAGCUCAGCCCCGUGGCCUGCGGGACUGUGGAGAACUCUCCCCUCCCGGCCAGCAGCCCCAUCGCGGCGACAGGCGGCCUCAAGCAAGCCCCGACAGAUGCAGCUGCACCAAAGACGUGGAAGAAACCAAAAGAACAGAGCCAGGCAGCCGAGGAAGGGCUGGAGGCGGAGCCUGAGCCUCAGGCAGAAGAAGCAGCCCUCGGAGGGGAGCGGAUCCCGGAAGCCGAGCAAGAGGCCGGGAGUCUCGGCAGGGCCUCUCCGUCCGACCUGACGGUAGCCAACGCGAUGACGAUGGAAGAAAAUGGCGAGCAGGAAGGAGAGCCUCUCCGCAACGGGGCCGAGGAGGUUUCCGAGAGGGAAGGAGGCUGCGCGGAGAGCGUGAGCGAAGUCCCCGCCUGCCAGCCUAAUAAGCCAGAGCCGGGGAAGCCUGCGGACACCGAAGGGAAGAAGCAGUACGACCGGGACUUCCUGCUCGACUUCCAGUUCAUGCCGGCCUGCAUCCAGAAGCCGGAGGGGCUCCCGCCAAUCAGCGACGUCGUCCUCGAUAAGAUCAAUCAGCCCAAGUUGCCUCUUCGAACGUUGGACUCUCGGAUCUUGGCCCGGGGCCCAGACUUCACCCCGGCCUUUGCUGAUUUUGGAAGACCAGUCCCCGGUGGGCGGGCCAGCGCUGCCUGCAAAGUGCAGCCCCCACCCGGACUCCCCUCUGGCACGCGGUGUGGUACCCCAGCAUGCCCUUUGUUGGUCUCGUCUCACCCACAGCUGAGGAAUCUGCAGAUAGGGCUGCUGAACGUUGGUCCGCGGAGAUCUCAGCCGAGCCAGAGGAGGGAGCCCAGGAAGAUCAUCACGGUGUGCAUCAAAGAGGAUGUCCACCUGAAGAAAGCCGAGAACGCCUGGAAGCCAAGCCUGAAGAGAGAGAGCCAUGUGGAGGAUCCCGAGAGCAUCAAAACCCAGGAGCUCUUCCGCAAAGUCCGCAGCAUCUUGAACAAGCUGACCCCACAGAUGUUCAGUCAGCUCAUGAAGCAAGUGACCGACCUGACGGUGGACACGGAAGAGAGGCUGAAGGGGGUCAUCGACCUGGUGUUCGAGAAGGCCAUUGACGAGCCCAGCUUCUCCGUGGCCUACGCCAACAUGUGCAGGGGCCUGGUCAUGCUGAAGGUGCCCAUGGCCGACAAGCCCGGCAGCACGGUCAACUUCCGCAAGUUGUUGCUGAACCGUUGCCAGAAAGAAUUUGAAAAGGACAAGGCCGACGACGAUGUCUUUGAGAAGAAGCAGAAAGAGCUGGAGGCGGCCACCACCCCAGAGGAGAAGACUCGGCUUCACGACGAACUGGAGGAGGCCAAGGACAAGGCCCGGCGGCGGUCCAUCGGCAACAUCAAGUUCAUCGGGGAGCUUUUCAAGCUGAAGAUGUUGACGGAGGCCAUCAUGCACGACUGCGUGGUGAAGCUGCUGAAGAACCACGACGAGGAAUCCCUGGAGUGCCUCUGUCGCUUGCUGAACACCAUCGGCAAAGACCUGGACUUUGAGAAGGCCAAGCCUCGAAUGGACCAGUAUUUCAAUCAAAUGGAGAAAAUUGUGAAGGAAAGGAAAACCUCUUCCAGAAUUCGGUUCAUGCUGCAGGAUGUCAUUGACCUUCGGCAGUGCAACUGGGUGUCCCGGAGGGCAGAUCAAGGCCCAAAAACCAUCGAGCAGAUUCACAAGGAAGCUAAAAUAGAGGAGCAGGAAGAGCAGCGGAAAGUCCAACAGCUGAUGACCAAAGAGAAGAGGCGGCCGGGUGUCCAGAGGGCAGAAGAGGGAGGCUGGAACACCGUGCAGGGGGCGAAAAAUAGCCGUGUGCUGGACCCCACCAAGUUCCUUAAAAUCACCAAGCCCAGUAUAGACGAGAAGAUCCAGCUUGUGCCUAAAGCCCAGUUGGGCAGCUGGGGAAAGGGCAGCAGCGGUGGAGCCAAGGCCAGCGAGAUCGAUUGCUUACGACCAAGUGCCACUAGCCUGAACCGCUUCUCUGCGCUGCAAGCGCCUGCGUCAACCGUCUCCGGCACCACCCUGGAGCUGGAUCCUCGCAGGCCCUUGACCAGCCGGGGCAGCACGGGCCGGGAGAAGAACGACAAGCUGCCGCCCUCGGCUGCUUCCCGCCCGAACGCCUUCUUACGGCUUAGUAGCAGCAGCAAAGAGCAACUCCUGGACAACCAGGCCCAGGAGGAGCAGCGGAGGGAGAUGCUGGAGACCGUGAAGCAGCUGACGGGCGGCCUGGAAAGCGACCGGAACAGCACCGAGGCGGACAAGAGCAAAGCCAGGGAGGCAGUCAAGUCUGAAGCCCCCGUUCCUCACCCCCAAGAGAAGCCUGCCUUGUCGGACGGAGAAAUUGAACGGAAGUGCAAAUCGAUCAUCGAUGAAUUCCUGCACAUUAAUGACUACAAGGAAGCCGUGCAGUGCGUGGAGGAGCUGAAUGUGCCUGGCAUCCUGCCGGUGUUUGUGCAAGUGGGUGUGGAAUCCACUCUGGAGAGGAGCCAGAUCACCAGAGACCACAUGGGCCAGCUGCUCUAUCAGCUGGUGCAGGCGGAGAAGCUUAGCAAGCGGGACUUCUUCAAGGGGUUUGCGGACACCUUGGAGACGGCCGACGACAUGGCGAUCGACAUCCCCCACAUCUGGCUAUACCUGGCCGAAUUGGUGACGCCAAUGUUAAAAGAAGGAGGCAUCUCUAUGAGAGAACUUCUGAUAGAAUUUAGUAAACCCUUACUUCCUGUGAGAAGAGCCGGUGUUUUGCUUUCCAAAAUAUUGCACCUUCUAUGCAAACAAAUGAGCCAUAAGAAAGUGGCAGCCUUAUGGAGGGAGGCUGGCCUCAGCUGGAAGGAUUUUCUACCUGAAGAGGACGACGUCCACACCUUUCUCCUGGAGCAGAAGUUGGACUUCACGGUAACAGACAGUCCCAGUUCCUCAGAAGCACUUUCCCCGAGAGAACUCUCUGCCGAGGAGCUGAACAGGCAGCUGGAGAAACUCAUUGUUGACGAAGAAGCCGGCGACGAGCAGAUUUUUGACUGGGUAGAGGCUAACCUAGACGACAGGCAGAUGAGUUCACCUACAUUCCUUAGAGCUUUAAUGACGGCCGUUUGCAAAGCGGCUCUCCUAGUGGACAGCUCAAGCUUGCGAGUGGAUACCGCCGUUAUCAAGCGGAGAGUGCCGAUCUUACUCAAGUACCUAGACUCGGACACAGAGAAGGAACUACAAGCACUUUAUGCUCUGCAGGCAUCCAUAGUAAAACUUGACCAACCUCCUAAUUUGUUACGGAUGUUUUUCGACUGCCUGUACGAUGAGGAGGUGAUAUCGGAGGACGCCUUCUACAAAUGGGAAAGCAGCAAAGACCCGGCGGAGCAGACCGGGAAGGGCGUAGCGCUUAAAUCCGUCACCGCGUUCUUCACGUGGCUACGAGAAGCCGAAGAAGAGUCUGAGGAUAAUUAAAACUGAAUUACAAAAAAAAAAAAGAGAGAGAGAAAAGAAAACAAAAACAAUUUAAGUAUUUUUUUAAAAAACAAAAGUUUCAUGUCUUCGCCAAUCACAGUGCAGCAAGGCCAAUUCUCGCGCAGAACCCCCCCUUUUCCCCACGUGUGCACGAGUGGGGGAGAGGAACAAAAAUAGUCACACACGCAAAGGCGAUCAUGGAGGACAAAAAAAAGGACUUGAGAAUUCGAGUCCGCGCAAACCUGAGGGGCAGGAGCACUAAAAACCAAAAUACAUCUUAUUAUUUAUAGAAACUGUUUUCUGUUUUAAUCUUCUUUUUUUUUUCAUUUUUAAACAAGGACUUCUCUCAUACUUUAAGAAGAACAAAAAAAACACCUGUUUAGACAAAAAAAAAAAGCCGAGAACUAUAAUUUAUUAUUUUAAGAACUGCAAAUGUCAGUGUAAUUUUUAAAUUUGCAGUUUCUGUAACAAAUUGUAUAAUAGACAACAACAAAAAAAGCAGAGAAAUAAAUUUCCCUCCCUUUCAGAUCCACCUCAAGUUUUGUUUGAAAAGCACGGGAGCUGAGUCCUAACUUCUAAAGGGGGAGUCAGGAAUGAGAGAGUAGAUGAGGGAGAGGAAUGUUCAGGAAACAAAAAAAAAAAAACACAAAAACCCCCAGACCUUUCUGCCUGCCUCUCGGGUUGCUUCCGAAAUUUAAGAUAAAAGAAGCCAAAAAAAAAAAAAGGGGGUAACCUUGGACUUUUAAGGAAUUGCAUAUCAGAAAAUGGUUGUGGACCAGACUGCCUGGAGAAUUAACACAUUCGAAACAGUCCUGCCCUGGAAGCAGAAGAAGGAGAGGGAAAAAAAAGGCCCAGUGAUAACUUUUCAGAACAACUUUUAAGGCUUGUAAAUAGAUAGAACAAAUAUUUAAAAACAAAACAAAACCAACCGAAAUUUGACUCCAUGCUAUUCUUUUCACUUUCAAAACAUACAGAACAAAAUAAAGAGCAAUCUUGCAAGUUUAAAAGCA